AUGGGCUUUUCAUCCUGGGGUUACGCAGCCUCCCAGGGUUUUGUCUUUGCCAUUGAGGAGAUCAACAGAGAUGUCUACCUGCUCCCCAACCUCACCCUGGGAUUCUCCAUCUGGGACUCUGGGGACUCUAUUGCUGGGGCUUUCCUGGGAACCAUGGACUUCCUGACUGGGCAGGGGAAGCCUGUCCCCAAUUAUAGCUGCAGAGCCCGCCCUCCUCCGACUGCCCUCAUCGGGGAACUUCGUUCUGCUCUCUCUAUGCCUUUGGCUAGAUGGUUGGGACUUUAUAAAUUCCCCCAGAUCAGCUAUGGAUCCAGUAUUAUCAGUUUGAGUGACAAGACCAACUUUCCCUCAUUUUUAAGGACAGUUCCCAAUGACAAAGCUUGGGUGCAAAGUACUGCCAUCUUGCUGAACCACUUUGGAUGGAUUUGGGUAGGAAUUGUUUUUCAUGAUGAUGAUUUUGGGCAUGAAGGGAGUUCCCUGAUGACUGAUGAGCUGGAGAAAUUUGGCAUCUGCUGGGAAUUCCUCAUUGAUAUUCCUACUUUUCAGUUUCCAGAGAGGUUCCAUCAGGUCCUAUUUAUGUUUCAAAAAUCAACAGCCAAAGUUAUCAUUGCAAUUCUAAGUAGUUGGACCUUCAUUAACUUUUUAGAUUUCUUCUCAUUAAGUGAUAUUUCUGGGAAAAUAUGGAUAAGAAGCGAUGUCCAAUGGGAUGAGAAGAUGGGGCACAACCUAGAUGUUCCUCAAAUUAUCAGCAUUUCUUCGCCUCAACCAACAGCUCAAGGGUUCCCCAAAUUCGUCAGCCAUAUGGAUCCAAAUCGGGCAUCAGAGGACGUCUUUCUAAAAAUCUUUUGGGAAAAUGUCUUUAACUGUACCUGGCAGGACCAGAACCCUAUAUCCCUGGGGAAUAGAAGAGAGACUGGAAGAGAGCAAUUUUGCACAGGAUCGGAGCACCUACAAGACAAAUAUGGCACUGCACUCAAUGUGGAGAAACUUAGUAUAAAGUACGAUGCCUACAAAGCAGUGUACAGUAUAGCCCAUGCACUCCAGGACCUGAGCUCCUGUGAAGUAGGAAAAGGGCCCAUUGGAAACAGGAUGUGUCCAGAUGUUAAUACUGUAAGACCCUGGCAGCUCCUUCAAUACAUCAGGAAGGUACAUUUCCAGACUCCUCAGAAAAGUGAGGUUUUUUUCGAUGCCAAUGGAGAUCUUCCUUCUGGGUAUGGAAUUAGGAAUGUGCAGAAGAAUUCCGAAGGCUUCUUUGACCUGGUCAAUGUUGGCUAUGUGGACUCUACAGCCCCACGUGGAAAAGAAAUUAUUGUCAAUGUCAGUGCUAUCCAGUGGAAAGGAGGAAAGACCCAAGUUCCUCAAUCAGUCUGCAGUGAGAGUUGCCUUCCAGGGUCCAUCCAGGUGUCUGCAAAGCGAUGGUUGCACUGCUGCUUUGAUUGUGAGCCCUGCCCAGAGGGACAGUUUGCAGACCAUACAGAUAUGCAGCAAUGUGCAGAGUGCCCAGAGGACCAAUAUCCCAACACACACAGAGAUGGCUGCCUCCCCAAAGUCCUGACUUUCCUGGGCUAUGAAGAACCUCUGGGGAUGACUCUGUCUUGUUUAGCCCUUGCCCUCUCUCUCCUCACAGUCAUCAUUUUCUUGAUUUUUGUGAAACACCGAGACACCCCCAUAGUCAAAUCCAACAACAGAGCUCUCAGCUAUACUCUGCUUAUCUCCCUCACCUUCUGCUUCCUCUGCUCCUUGCUCUUCAUUGGCCGCCCAACCACAGCCAGCUGCCUCCUCAGACAGAUGACUUUUGGAAUCACCUUCACAGUGGCCAUCUCUUCUGUUUUAGCCAAAACCAUCAUUGUGGUUCUGGCCUUCAAAGCUACAAGGCCAGGAAGCUGGCUCAAGAGGUGGGCAAGUACACGAGUGUCCAGUGCUGUUGUCCUCAUCUGCUGCCUCAUCCAAGUGACCCUCUGUGUUAUCUGGAUAGCCACAUCUCCCCCAUUCCUAGAUGUAGUCACUGACUUUGAGCCUGGCCACAUCCUCAUUCUUUGUAAUGAGGGCUCCAUGACCACCUUUUACUGUGUCCUGGGCUACAUGGGAUUCCUGGCCCUGGGGAGCUUCACGGUGGCUUUCUUGGCUAGGAACCUGCCUGACACCUUCAAUGAAGCCAAACUUAUCACCUUCAGCAUGUUGGUGUUCUGUAGUGUCUGGGUCUCCUUCCUCCCUGCCUACCAAAGCACCAAGGGAAAGGCCAUGGUGGCUGUGGAGAUAUUUGCCAUCUUGGCCUCCAGUGCUGGCUUGCUGGUCUGCAUCUUCAUCCCCAAGUGCUAUGUGAUUCUAUGGAGGCCACAUCAGAACACCCUGGAAUCUAUCAAGCCAUCUCACUCCUCAGGACAGAAAGUCAGCAGCCACACAAAAUCUUAUCUCCCCAGGGGUGGAGGAGACUUGAAUGAAGAUUGGGGUCCCGGAGCUAACUCAGUCCGAUCUGGAUGUAAUUUUCUCUCAAAUGGGUAUGUUUCCCUGCAGCCAAAUGCCAUUCUCCCCAAAGCUUCUUCUAGAGGGGAUAACCAACAGGGUAGUGACACUUCAUCAUCAUAUUUAACCCUUAUCGCUUCUGGUUUUCUCCGAAGUCCUCAACUCCUGCCAUUCUACCCGGCACAAGGUGAUGAUGGCAUCUUCCAAUACAGUGCCCUCCCUUUGGAGAUGAAGAAGAGCCUGGCACAGUGCCUGCACUUGGCCAAUGCUGGGUAA